GUUCUAUCACUCACUCUCAGUUUCCUCCUAGUUUUCAUCGUCCAAACCCCCUCUUCUUCCACCUUCAAAUAAGAUACGUUUUGCCAAACUCUACAGAAUUGCAGUCCAGGGACAACAGCAAAUGGCUUCUACAGCUCUAUCCCAAUCUCUCUUCUCCACUUUCAAUUCUCACAAAAGCAUUGAAAAUGCCUCUUUGCCCCUUGCUCAAUCAUUGCCCAGAUCAGUUUCUCUGAAUAAAUCUUCUGGGUUCUCAGGAUCCAACCUACGAUUCAAGAAAACCCACAAGACCAGCAUCGUUAAUUGUACCCCAAAUGGGAGUGAAAGCUCCAAGAUUGAAACCCCCAUUGAAUUGAGGUAUCCAGCAUAUCCUACUGUUUUGGAUAUCAAUCAAAUUCGUGAGAUUUUACCUCACCGUUUCCCGUUUCUACUAGUAGAUAGAGUGAUUGAAUACAAUCCUGGAGUUUCUGCUGUUGCCAUUAAGAAUGUAACUAUAAAUGACAAUUUCUUUCCUGGGCAUUUUCCGGAAAGGCCGAUCAUGCCUGGAGUGCUCAUGGUUGAGGCAAUGGCCCAGGUUGGUGGCAUAGUUAUGUUGCAACCAGAAGUUGGAGGUUCCAAGGAGAACUUCUUCUUUGCCGGCAUUGACAAAGUCAGGUUUAGGAAGCCCGUGAUUGCAGGGGACACUUUGGUUAUGAGAAUGACUCUCACCAAGUUGCAGAGGCGCUUUGGAAUAGCAAAGAUGGAAGGCAAGGCCUACGUCGGGAGCGAUGUUGUCUGUGAGGGUGAAUUUUUGAUGGCCAUGGGCAGUGAAUAAUUCUCCUGCAUUAGGGUCUUCCUGUGGUUUCGCCUUUCUGCUGCUAUCAUUUUCAAGCUUAAAAAAUAUGGAGGCUGUAUUUGAUUAGAGCGAAUACCAUCUGGUUAGUUUGACAUUAAACAUUUUGUAGAAAUUUUUUAAUAGACUGUGGGUUCUUGAUAUGUCCAGCAUUUGCCUGAUGGUUUAAACAAUGUGUAAUUGAUAUUUUCCUGAUUCAUAUAUAUGAAUUUGACAUACAAAAGGUUAUGAAUUUUUCCAGCUCUUAUUUCUGCUAACUAGAUUUGAGAUAUUGACAUGAAACACCACUGCUACCUAGCUACACUUCUGUUUGAAUUUAUCGAAUAGAUUGAAUCAGCACAAAGGAUAAAUCCAUGCAUCCUAGUUUUAACGAUACUCUAGCCAUUGCCAUGUGCCUUAAUUUAACCAUCCGUGAGUUACUUUUCAUAGUGGCUUAAUGCUUGUGUCUCUGCAGUUUAAGUAAAAGGAACAAAAAUUUAGGUGGAAAAAGAUUGAAUCAUGGUAGAUGAACUCGCUCUGUUGUCUUGUUUCUACUGCCAAUUAGUUUUUACAACAUUGUCGAAAUUAUAUAAUUUACAAACCAAGGGCACCAAGAGGUGUCUUUCCUUGCCCUGCCUCAAAGUAGAAAAUCAGCAUAGCAACCAUGGCAAGUCUUGCGUGCUUAAUUUCAGCAACCUUCAGUCUGUCGAGCUUCUCAGUGUCAGGAAUGUAGACUCCGUCCUGUAGUGUUCCGGCAAACUGCAAUGGAUCAAAAAACUUCCCACCAGGGUAGCCCUGCUCGCCGGUUGCAUUUGCAAAGUUGUCUGCUGUCCUAGACCAUGGUGUAGCCCAUUCUACAGACUGAGAGUCAGGGUUGAAGAAAUCAACCCAUCUCUUGCUCUCAACCCAUCCCAUGAGGAGGAGUUGAGUACCAAGGAGCGUACCGAAGGAGAAAGGUGCAAUGGCACCAGGGUCAGCACCAGCUUCAAACCAUGGAAUGCCACUCCAAGCCUGGCCAACAAAGAUACCGAGAACUGCAGCCAUUGCCCAUCUGCCAUGGAUGAGCUCAGCUUCUCUGUACCACUUCAAGAAAGCAGGAUCUUUUCCGAGACCAAGUGGGUCAAAUCCAUAGUCACCCGGGAGCCUGCAAUACAUAGAUCCAUAGAUUUUUAACCACAUUCAUAUGUCUGAGAAGAAAGGAACCAUUUUUCUGGACUAAAAUGUUGAAAAAAGAAGUUACUUACGAGCCAUCGAGCCAUUCAGGAUCAACCAAGUUGCCACCACCUUUGACAGCAGGAAUCCAUGACUUUUUAGGAGGGAGAGCAGCAACUACAACUAAUCUCCUGGAUGAAACAGCAGAACCACCAACUCUUGAUGAAACUGGCACAGCCAAAAGAGUCUGGCUUUUCUUUCCACCAGUCAAGAAGGGAGAGCCCAAUCCAUUCACUACUGCAGCAGAUGUGGCAGCCAUUUUCUUUUCUCUCCCUCUUCUAAGCUAAAGCUAGUUUUCCCUGCACUCUUUCUGAUGAUUCUACCAAAAAAUGUGAUUUAUAAUGUCACCCCAAAUUUUUCUGGCUCAAGUUUGUUUUGGUAACUGGCUUGUUUGGCUGUGAUAUAUGGUCAUGUAGGAAGUGAGAAAGGGUAGAGGGAAGAUCAAAAGAAAGGCAUCCUGAGGAGCCAAGUAGGAUAAGUGAAAUCUAACAUCUCUGUUGGAUAGAUUUCGGACCAAUGAGAUUUUGAGCGCCAUCUGCAUCUACCAUCCUCAUUGAUUCCACGUGGACCUAACCAUUUGACCUCCUCUCACACAGACACACGCUGCAACAUUUCCCUACUACAAAAAUCAUAGGAUCUCUUUUUCAAAAAAAUAAAAAAUCAAGGGAUCUUAAGGCUAUAUAUGCCUAAGACCCUCCUAAUCUUGGAUUUGAUUUUGUUCACAACUUUCUUGAUCUUCUACAGGAAUGGUCCAUCUGAUAUGUUUUGGGUUGGAAGUUGUUCUCUCCACAUAAAUUACCAAUGUACUCAGCCAUAUAUAGAGAAAGCACAACUAAAUUUGGUUCCUAAUUUUAUCAUCAUUUAAACACUGAAAUUAACCGAUCAAUGCUGGCUGCAACUGCUGGAGAUGCCCAAAUUUGCAUCACUAAUGGAAAAGCAAUUCUACAUUUGUUAUUUUUUAUACUAAUGCAGUGAUACUGACCGUGACAUCUUUUUUUUUUGGGUUAAAUCUGACUGUAACAUCCUUACUAUUGAUCCAGGGUUAUAAAAAUUU